AUGACAGACAGGCUGGACCUAGAGCCAGCGAGAGCGCCACCGACCAGACCUGCAGCACCUCCGGGAACCUUCAACCGAGCCAUUAAGACAUCCACCGGAACCCGAGGAGGCUAUGCGGUACAGAAGAGGCCGAGCGGAAGAUUCAACGCAAGGGGACGACUGGCGAAUACCCUGGUCCCGGCAGGUGACUUGAACCUGUUUGGUCUCCAAGUUCUCAACCAAGAUACCCGGGUUGGCGGUCAACUGGCAGACAAUGGCCAACAACCUCGAACCCACUUAAAAACUGGUAUACAAGACCACGAUGACGCAUGUUCAGACUUGAGGGGACGGCGCCGCAUAUGUCACCAUGCCCGCAAGUGCGAAGACCAGAUUCUGGGUUGGCCAUUGGGAGCAGGCGAUGGCGCGCCAUUACCUGCUCCCGCUAUCAAAGGCACUCGAUCUCGACGCCAUCAUCUUUGA